AGAGUAUCGUAUGCCAGAUGAAGUGAAACGCUGCAACUGUGGAGGUGAACAUGCGCCUGAAUUCUUGGAGUGCCCUGUUAGGGUGAAGGAGAAUGAGGUGUUAAGGGUAAGGAGCGUCCAGCGUGUCUCCUAUUUGGAGGCGGUAAGAAGAUUGGAAGGAACGAGUGGCGGGGAAGAAACAAUGGUAGUAGAGCCACCACGAGCAGUGAAGGUUUCUCAUCAACCGAGGGAUAGUGAAAUGCUACACGUUAAAAAUGUGGACAUUGUAUUAUUUAUUGCAGUGGUCAUAAACUCUACAGCACAUGCGGAGAAGAAGUCUAAGAACAUUGGAAUCAUUGUGAAUGCAGCUGUACCUUUUAUGGGUCUUCGUGAUUUCACACCCGAGGCCGUGCAAGAAAUCCUGUCGGUGAAUGUUCCGCCAUCACAGGCCCCUGAGCCUGUGUAAUUAUGUAUUUUGGAGUGGACUGUGACUGAAGAAGUGGGAUGGGUUUUGUUAUUUGACGUGUCUAAUUUGGUAUUUCGUAUGAUGUAAUUUUCCCCCCUUUCACGCAAUGUUUUAUUUUUUAUUUUCAUUCAAUAUCCUGUCCAGCUGGUGGCGGUAAUGCACCAUUGACAUUGGAUGCCAACCGCCGGUAAAUCCCAUCGAAGAAGAAGAGGAAGGAGUUCGGCCUCACACUCCAGUACAGUUGGUUGCGAUCCGACAAUAACAUUUUAAAUAAGAAGAAAGAAACCGAAGAAGACGUGCGACAACGACCCCACUCAUUCUCGCGUGGCAGCCCAACCAACCCACAGCACAGAAAAAAGGAGUCACCAUCGCAAGUUCGAGUCUUGUCUGCUGUUGGUGGGUUAGCUAAAGAGAAGCUAAACUUGGUUUGCGUGUUAGCCGUGUAUUUAUGUGAGGGUGUUUGGUUACUUAAUUCGGAUUCCUCCAAAAUGCCUAACAUAAAGAUAUUCAGUGGCAGCUCUCAUCCGGACCUUGGCCAAAAAAUUGCCGACCGACUGGGACUUGAGCUGGGGAAGGUUGUGACCAAGAAAUUCAGCAACCAGGAGACAUGCGUGGAGAUUGGGGAGAGUGUCAGAGGAGAGGAUGUCUACAUUGUCCAGAGUGGUUGUGGUGAGAUUAAUGAUAACUUAAUGGAGCUCCUCAUCAUGAUCAAUGCCUGUAAGAUUGCCUCUGCCUCACGAGUCACGGCUGUCAUCCCCUGUUUCCCAUAUGCAAGACAAGACAAGAAGGACAAGGUGGGGAGUCGGGCGCCCAUCUCUGCAAAGCUGGUGGCCAACAUGUUGUCAGUGUCAGGAGCCGAUCACAUAAUCACCAUGGACCUGCACGCCUCGCAGAUACAGGGGUUCUUUGAUAUCCCCGUGGACAAUCUAUACGCGGAGCCAGCUGUGCUGAAAUGGAUCAAAGAGAACAUCAAUGAGUGGAAGAAUUGCACCAUUGUGUCUCCUGAUGCCGGAGGAGCCAAAAGGGUCACCUCUAUAGCAGACAGGCUGAAUGUGGACUUCGCCCUAAUCCACAAAGAGCGAAAGAAGGCUAACGAGGUGGACCGCAUGGUCCUGGUGGGGGACGUGAAGGACAGAGUGGCCAUCUUGGUUGACGACAUGGCAGACACCUGCGGCACCAUCUGCCACGCUGCAGAUAAGCUGCUCUCUGCUGGAGCCACGAAGGUCUAUGCCAUCCUGACCCAUGGGAUCUUUUCAGGCCCUGCUAUCACCCGCAUCAACAAUGCCUGUUUUGAGGCUGUGGUAGUCACGAAUACCAUCCCUCAGGAGGAUAAGAUGAAACACUGUUCAAAAAUACAGGUUAUUGACAUCUCCAUGAUUCUAGCUGAGGCUAUUCGCCGGACACACAACGGCGAGUCAGUGUCGUAUCUAUUCAGCCAUGUUCCCUUGUAACAUCCCAUCAGCACCACCACCCUGCUUUCACAGGAAACCUGUACCAAAGGAGGGAUGUCUGGAGCACCACCAUCAUCUCAGCCCAUCCAUUUAAUCCCUGUGUCAAGAGAAAGGAUGGAAGUAGUUAGGAAAUACCGUGGGGUCAAUUAAAAGAAGCUCCUUGCCAAUAUUCUGUUACAGUGCACUGGCUAUCAACUGGUUUGACCUUUGACCAAAUGCCAGAUUUGAGUUAAUUGGCGUAAUAAUAUGCCAGGUUGUUUCAUAUAGGCAUAGUCUAUUACAAGAUUGAGAAGCUUUAGUUUACAUUGCUGCUGACAGCCAUUUUGAGAGAAAUGUUCACUCCAAUAUGGCAAGUUAUGUUUAAUGAGCUUGUUAUUUUAUCUUACUGAUCAAUUUUUUCAAUACAAGGCAGAUUUGGGCUACCCACUUGCAUUUCCUAGAUAAUGUUUUAAUUUUGAGAUCAUUGUACUGAUAACUCUGCUUUUGCACAGUUCAACAGCAAAGCAUUGUGUACCGUUUACAUCCUCACUUUAGAUAGGCUUUAGUUGUUUUUAUGCUAAAUAAGCUUUUGUUUUUUACGCAAUAUUGUAGGACCCGUUUGCAGUUCACAAUUCCAAGUGUCCUUAAUUCUAUGCCUUGGCGUGUUGAUACCAUGAUUUUAAUAUUUAGUUGCAUGAUUUUAUGUAAUUGUAAUAAACGCAUUACUUGCACACAUACAGGUAACUGCCAAAAUAAAGGAAACACCAACAUAGUGUCUUAAUCGGGCGUUGGGGCACCAUGAGCCGCUAGAACAGCUUCAACGUACCUUGGCAUAGAUUCUACUAGUGCCUGGAACUCUAUUAGAGGAAUGCGACACCAUUCUUCCACGAGAAAUUCCAUAAUUGUGUGUUUUAUUGAUGGUGGUGAAAAACACUGUCUCAGGCGCUGCUCCACAAUCUCCCAUAGGUGUUCAAUUUGGGUUGAGAUCUAGUGACGGACACACCCUUUAUGCUCCUUUGAGACCCCUCUUUCAAAGUCACUGAGAUCUCUUCUCAUGGUAGCCAAAAUAAUGGGCAACGGGGCAUUUUUAUACAUGACCCUAAGCAUGAUGGGCUGUUUUAAUUGCGUAAUUAACUCAGAAACCGCAGCUGCUUUCAAUAUGCUUUGUAUCCCUCAUUUACUCAAGCGUUUCCUUUUAUUUUGGUAUUUACCUCUACCUAAUUAAUGUGAUUCAAUGUCAUGAACAUCUGCCAUAUUUUAUUCAUCAAGCAAUAGGGCAUGUAAUGCAUGGAUGGAGCCUCUAAUGUAGCGGACACAUUAUUUGAGCUUUACUAGCCCAUGUGGUUUUGCGUAGAGGUAUUGGAAAGUUUCAAUUAUUUUAACUUCCACGCUAAAACUCGGGAAUCCUAAGGGCACUCGCCCUUCAGUUCAGUCCUCUUCUAUUUCGAAAACAAUGGCUUGUGUAGCUCAAAGCCUGCCCAUGUGUAAGGCCUGCUUCAACAAUAUAUAUAUUUUUUUUCGAGUAUAAAGUAUUGUCAGUCAGUCCUAUAACUCUCAAACACGGCUGUAGCUGCUUCAAUACUCGGUAAGAGCAAUCCACACCAAGCCCAUUAUACCCCAGAAUCGAAUCUGUAUGAUUUUACUGUUUUACACCAAUGUGUGUAAAUGUGUCUGAUUUUAGCUGAGAUUAUAGCGCUCUUUAAAACAGAACCUACUCUAACACCUCUUGAUUGAUUUGAAGAUCCCUGUUGCCUUAAGUGGAAAAUGUGCAGGAUUUAAUAUUGUUUCCAUGAGCUUUCCUGCCUUCUCCACAACAUCGAGACUAGAAAUGAAUGUAUUGGGUUAUGAACUUGGAACAAUAAAAUUAUAUCUGGAACUUUGAA